CCAAUAAAUUGCUCACAUCAAACAAACGUGUAUGCCUUAAACUGCAUUAUUAGUUAUGGGUCCCUUGUUGAUUUCACAAGUCCAUGCAUCAAAAUAUCUCUUAUCUUUGUUAAUCUGAUUGCUUGAUACUAACCUACCUCUGCAUUUUUCAACUGUACAAACUGUUGCAUUUCAGUUUGCUAGUAAAAUUGUAGAAGAUGGCAGAGGCUGUACUUGAAGUUGUGCUUGAGAAUUUGAGCUCACUCAUUCAGAAGGAGCUUGGCCAGUUUCUGGGUUUUGAUGAAGAAUUGACAAGGCUCUCUAGCACGCUCACUGCAAUCAAGGCAACACUUGAAGAUGCUGAGGAGAAACAAUUCACUGAUAGAGCUAUUAAGGUUUGGCUGCAAAAGCUAAGAGAUGCUGCUCAUGUUCUGGAUGACAUCUUGGACGAGUGUGCCACUGAAGCAUUGAAGAUGGAGAAUGGAGGAUUCAUGUGUGGUUUAUCAGACAAGGUGCAAAGCUCUUGCUUAUUCUCUUUUCAUCCCAAGCAUGUUGUCUUCCGUUGUACAAUUGCUAAGAAAAUGAAGAUGAUAAGGGAGAGAUUAGAUGAAGUUGCUCAAGAGAGGACUAGGUUUCAUUUAACUGAGAUGGCUACACAAAAAAGAGCUGAUUGGCGCCAAACCACCUCAAUCAUCACUCAACCUCAAGUCUAUGGAAGAGAAGAAGAUAGGACUAAAAUUUUAGACUUUUUGGUUGGUGAUGCUUCUGGUUUUGAGGAUUUAGCAGUCUAUCCAAUACUAGGUCUAGGUGGACUUGGAAAAACAACACUUGCUCAACUUAUCUUCAAUCAUGAGAGGGUAGUCAACCACUUUGAACAAAGAAUUUGGGUGUGUGUUUCAGAAGAUUUCAGUUUGAAAAGAAUGACUAAAGCUAUCAUAGAAUCAGCAUCCGGGCAUGCCUGUGCCGAUUUAGAGCUAGAGCCACUGCAGAGAAAACUUAUAGAUUUACUGCAAAGAAAAAGAUAUUUGCUUGUUUUGGACGAUGUGUGGGACGAUGAACAAGAGAAUUGGCUGAGGUUGAAACCUGUACUAGCAAGUGGAGGAAAGGGUGCUUCAAUUUUGGUAACUACUCGUCUCCCAAAAGUCGCAGCAAUCAUGGGAACAAUGCCUUCUCAUAAAUUAUCAAUGCUGUCUGAUAGUGAUUGUUGGGAAUUGUUUAAACAACGAGCAUUUGGACCAAAUGAGGUGGAACCGACAGAGCUUGUGGGCAUAGGGAAGGAGAUAGUGAAGAAGUGUGGGGGAGUUCCUCUUGCAGCAAUAGCACUCGGAAGUCUUUUGCGCUUUAAAAGAGAGGAAAAAGAAUGGCUCUAUGUGAAGGAAAGCAAACUGUGGAGUUUACAAGGUGAGAAUUCGGUCAUGCCUGCCUUGAGACUAGGUUACUUGAACUUACCCGUCAAUUUGAGACAGUGUUUUGCCUUCUGUGCAUUAUUUCCCAAAGAUGAAAUAAUUAGUAAACACACACUAAUCAAUCUUUGGAUGGCUAAUGGAUUGAUUCCGUCCAAUGAAAUGUUGGAUGCUGAAGACAUUGGAGAUGAGUUUUGGAAUCAAUUAUAUUGGAGAUCAUUUUUCCAAGAUAUUAUGACAGAUGAACUUGGCAAAGUUACAACUUUCAAGAUGCAUGAUCUUAUUCAUGAUCUUGCACAAUCUGUUACUGAAGAAGUCUGUUGCAGUGCAGUUAAUAAUAGUACAAUUGAUGUAUCUGAAAGAAUCCGCCACCUCUCAAUUUAUGGGCAAAACUCAUUCCAGGAAGCUAAUGUAAUCCAGUUGCACCGGUUCAAAUCUUUGAAGACCUGUAUAGUGAGGGAAAGUUGUUAUGGUGGCAAAAUUUUACCUCAGGUAUUUAAAUGUUAUUCUUUGCGGGUGCUUGACUUCAGAGGAUUAGAAAAUUUGUCAACUUCAAUUGGCCAUUUGAAAUAUUUAAGAUACUUAGAUAUCUCUUUCGGAAAGUUCAAAUCUCUUCCAGAAUCCCUUUGCAGGCUCUGGAAUUUGCAGAUUUUGAAAUUAGACCAUUGUAGUAGGCUACAAAAGUUACCUGCUAGUUUGGUGCGCUUAAAAGCUCUACGACAUCUAUCCUUGAGGCAUUGUCACUCUUUAUCAAGAUUGCCUCCUCAAAUGGGGAAGUUGACUUGUCUAAGGACUUUAAACAUGUAUUUUGUUGGCAAGGAAAAAGGGUUCCACUUGGCUGAAUUGGGACAACUGAACCUUAAGGGAGAGCUUCAUAUCAAGCACUUGGAGAGAGUAAAAAGCGUAAUGGACGCCAAAGAAGCCAACAUGUCAAGAAAGCACCUGAACCACUUGCAGUUGUCAUGGGGCAAAGAUCAAGAGUCCCAAUCACAGGAAAAUGUUGAGCAUAUACUUGAAUGGCUUCAACCUCAUACCCAAAAACUGCAAACUCUGCUUGUGAGUGGAUAUACAGGAGCCUAUUUCCCACAAUGGAUGUCCAGCUCUUCUCUCAAAUAUUUAGAUUCUUUAGAACUUGUAGAUUGCAAAAGCUGUUUACACCUUCCGCAGCUAGGGAAACUGCCUUGUCUGAAGUAUCUAAGGAUAUGUAACAUGAGUCGCGCAAAGUACUUAUAUGAGGAAUCAUGUGAUGCAGGAAUUUUCAUAGCUCUGGAAUAUCUGAUACUAGAGAAGAUACCAAACCUGAUAAGGUUAUCAAGGGAGGAUGGAGUAAACAUGUUCCCAAGCCUUUCAAAAAUUAAAAUGACUGAAUGUCCUCAACUUUUGGGCCUGCCGUGCCUUGUAUCUCUCAAGAGUCUACAGAUAGAGGGGAAAUGCAACCAAUAUUUACCAAGUUCAAUUUGUAACUUCCCUCGUCUUGAACACCUGUACUUUGGAGGGAAUGACGAGCUAACUUGCUUUCCAAGUGGAAUGCUAAGUAGAAACCUUACUUCUCUAAAGAGACUUGAAAUUAAUGGAUACUCCAAACUUGAGGAGCUACUCCCAAAUGAAAUUGUUAACCUUGCUGUGCCCCAACACCUGAUUAUAUACCGUUGCGAGAGCCUCAAGUCGUUAACAAACGGAGUAUUGCGAGGGUUUCACUCUCUCAAGAUAUUAGCUAUUUGUUGGUGCCCUGAGUUCAAUCUGUCAGCAGGUUUUCAAUACCUAACAUCCCUUGAGAAGUUGAUGAUUGAUAAUUGCGCCGAAAUGAAGGGUUUACAUGAGGCUUUACAACGUAUGACUACACUUCAAAACUUAAUAUUGUCUAAUCUUCCAAGCCUAGAAUCUCUGCCUGCUUACUUGGGAAACCUUAGCUCGCUUCAGUCAUUAACCAUCUCCGGGUGUCCCAAGUUGACGUGUCUUCCAAUGAGCAUUCAAUGCCUUAGCUGUCUAGAACGGUUGCAGAUUGAAGGUUGCAAAGAGUUAGGGAAGCGAUGUCAGAAGGAAAUAGGGGAGGAUUGGCCUAAAAUAGCUCAUGUUCCACAUGUUGAGGUGAUGGACAAGCAAUUGCUUAUCAAAUCUUACUAAUUUCAUGCAUUUGUAACUUUGUGAUCUUUCAUGAUUUCCUUCAUUUGAAAUAUUAUUCCUCUCUAAUUUUGUGUAUUAUACAGCAUUGGAAUGACUGUGGAUAUAAUUUUAAUUUGUUUGUGAGCAUAAACACUGCUGUUAUAUUCA